GAAAUAAAAAUCAACUCACUGUAACAAGACAUGCCAAAGGUGGCUCUUACUAUUCGGAUCCCAUAACAUUUUCACUAAUGGCGUCAUCAUUUAACUAGGAUGAACUUGCUACGAAAAAACGCUACGUUAAAAAAAUUGUAGAUAAAAUCGUAAAUACGAAAUAUAGCGAAGAUAGUACGACCAGUUCGGAGCUAUUUGUCCCCAAAAGACAACCAAACAAAGACGGUGUACCAAAAUUUUCAAUCAAAACUUUUACCGACGAAUUUGUGCCCGGAUUUGAACGUAACAAAAGAUGGAUUUUAACUGCCACCCACCAGAAUGGUGACCCAAGCGUCUUGGGCACAAUCGACUCCAAAACGAGUCUAGAAAAACAGCAAAAUCAGUCGUCUGGGAGCUACCACAGCUGGAAAAACGACAAAACCGAGUCGGAAAAAUUACUCGAGGAAAAGCAGCGCGGUCAAGGCGAUCAGCUGGUUAAAUUCGCGAUGAAAGAAAGGCAGCACCAGAUAGCGUGGAUUAACGACGAAAUUUCCCACUUGAUCAAACUGAAAGGGUUAUUGGAGAAAAAAAGCCAGAAGACGACCACAGUGUAUAUGGUUUCUGACUGUGACUGUUUGAGUGGGAAUGCGGCUUCAGGUUCUCGGGGUCCGUCGCCCAGGAAUUACGUGAUUGAAACUGAGGUGUCGACGAGUUCUUCAAGCGGACCGGUGGACUACAAUUUGUACGAUAAAGACGGGAAUAGAAAGAAUUAUCGGGUUAGAGAAACUUCCGCACAAGCGAAUUUAAAUUUUAAUAGGAAAGUCGUACGGGAUAUUGAAGUCGUGUCUGAUGAUAAGACGACAAGUAUUAAAGUGGGGGCUAAGAAACUAGAAGGUAAAGAUAUUGGUGGGUUUAAACCUAAACCUCCAACUUUGAUUGGGUUUGGGAAGUAUGAUACUUUCCCUAGGAGCAAGGCAGAAGAAGAGAGUUGUUGGCCGUGUGGACGGGUGAGGUCAGCGAAGGCCCCUAACAUGUACUCUUUCAACGUUCCCUUAACCAACGAAACCAAUUUCGCCGAAAAAAUCCAAGAAAUCAUUAACAAAUACACACAAGGAAAACCCCCAAACAGAUACGAUCAUCAGUGUAAAUUCAGGAACGUUCUGGAAAACACACGAACCACCCCAACCCCUCCAGUCGCACCAGAGUUAAAACCCAAACCAGAAGACAAAAUCCCUCCGAUGUGCAAAUGUUGUAAAUGCAAACAUCAAUUGUCACCCGCUUCCGACGAACAAUUCGUCGCAGAAAUCACCCUUAAACCUCCCGAACCCGAAAAAAAAGCGUCAUCAAGUUCGCACUGUACGUGUUGCAAGUGCAAGAAACGUACGGACGAAAUCCGCGUACCACCAAAAACACGUGACGCAGCUUGUAAUUGCUCUUGUAAGGUCCAGGGAGUGGAGAGUACCCAAUGUCAAACUGACUGUGUUUGUUGCAACAAAGAAAUGCAAACGGAUUAUAAGUGUCAGACUGAGGAGUGUACGUGUUGCAAUAAAGAAAUGCAAACGGAUGACGACGUUAAUAAGGAGAGAAUGAGAAUGAGCGAUUUGGAGUCCACUAAAAGUACGUCGCAAUCGGGUACUUCUAGUACUAGUAGUACGUCUGGAACUAUGUCAAGUAGUGCGCAGUCAGUCCAGACGUGCUUGUGUUGCAAGCGCAAAAACGUCACUGAGAAACAUUUGUACAGUCUGAGGAAAAAGUUAAGCGAGGAGGUUUACCCACUGUGUCGACCGUGCUAUAGACAAAAUCGGAUGGGUGCCUAUCCACCUAUCCACCAAAUUGUUACAACAAUAGUACCCAUGUCUGCAAUUGUUACAGAGUGGUGAAAACUAAAACGCUUAACGAAAUUAAAAACACGAUUAACCAUUUGAAUGAAUUAGAAGAGUACUGUACUUGUGUUAACCCCGAUAAUCGUAACAGUUCGGACUAUUGCAAGUACUGUAAGUGCAAAUUGAAGAGUACUUGUAAUAACAGAAACGGGAUAGCGUAUAUGUUGACGUUCGAUGAAACCCUCCGCGAAAAAAAGAAGAAACACAAAAAACCGCAUUUGGAAGAAAUUAAAAUUAAGAUUCCGGUUUCGUAUAAAAAGAAGCGAAAAGAUAAGGAAAAUAAGAGAAAGAAGGCGAGGCUAACGGACGAUAGUGAAGAGGCGGGGUCUACGUUACAAGAAUAUUUGAGGCAAAAUCGUCCCGAUUUUGUUGAAGAAGCGGAAGAGAGGAGACAAACCGUGAAUGAGUCGAAGGCACUACGAGAAGAAAUGUCGGACUAUAAAAAAUUGAUGUUUUUGAAAAAGUGUCAAGAGGAAUGUGAGAGAAGAGCGAAGCGACUAUUUUCUGGCAAAGAAAUGAAAGAAAUCACUAAAAGAAAUUAUAAGAAGUGUCCAGAAGUUCAACAGAGGUUGAAUGAUAAUAGAGAAAGACAGUUGCGACAAGCGAACCGAUUAAUGGCCGAUACUUUCAAUAGGGUGAGUCUCGGAAAUUGAGGGAAAACGUCCUUAAGGGAAAGCGAAACUUAUCCACCAAUACCAAAGUCAUUAAUAUGUAAUUACUAAUUACUAAUUUUUGUUAGAGU